AUGAUCAACAAGGCUUCUUCUUCGUCUUCUCCACGAAGCACUCGUCUGGGCACAUUCCGAGCCUACUACUUCGGAUUUUUCGUGUGUACGGCAGGAUUCUUAUUUGGUUAUGAUACGGGCAUAGUCGGUGGGGUGCUCACCAUGAAGGCCUAUCAGCGAGAUUUUGGAUAUACGGAUCAUACGACUGUAUCGGCAGUGAUGAUUGCUUGUCUUGUCUUCAUUGCUGGGGUGAUUCUUCAAGUCGUUCCGUCGCAUUCUUUGGUGUGUUUUUACAUGGGUCGAUUCGUGUCCGGUUUGGGACUGGGCGCUGCAACGGCUGUUGUGCCGAGUUAUAAUGCAGAACAAGCACCCAAAGAGAUCCGUGGGAAACUUGGAUCGGGCAUGCAGUUGCUCUUCGCUGCGGGUGUGCUUGUCUCGUACUGGAUCGAUUAUGCGACUGUACACGACAUGGAGGUAUCUUCUGCCCAGUGGCAAAUACCAGUCGGUCUCCAGAUGGUUCCAGCAGCGUUCUUGGCGAUUGGUCUCUUCUGGCAAAAAGAGUCGAUCCGAUGGCUUGCGAAAAAGGGCAGAACUGAAGAGGCAUGGGAAGCUCUGGCAUGGAUGCGUGCAGACAGUGGCGAACACGUGAAGGCGGAAUUCCACGAGAUCCAGACUGGUAUCGCGGAGGAAGUCCGUGCUAGUGAAGGCUUCAAGAAGCGGGAGCUACUCGAGCCUGCGAACCGGUAUCGACUAGGGCUCGCUGUUGGUGUGUUUCUCGGACAGCAGUGCACUGGCAUGACAGCACUUGCGUACUUUGGUCCGCAGUUCUUCCAGCUUUUGGUUGGUGCGGGAGAAAAGAAUCUCCUCAUUACGGGACUUUAUGGAGCGGAGAAGUUCAUUAUGGUGGCUACCUAUAUCUUCUGCUUUAGCGAGUCGUGGGGACGCAAGCCUACCUUAUGGAUAUCAGCUCUGGUCAUGUCUGUACUCUUCGUCGUCGUCACGGUCGUGAACAAUACGACUUCUGCUCCCGUCAACAACCAGACAACGGGCGCUGGUAUCGCGACCGUGGCUCUGAUUUUUCUCACAAACUCGGUCUAUCAAUUCUCAUGGGGUCCGGUACCGUGGCCUUACACUGCUGAGAUUUUCCCAUCUCGUAUCCGGGAGUUGGGCACUUCCACUGGUGUUGCCACGCAAUGGCUGUUUAACUUCGUCUUCAGUUUAGCAACGCCCUACAUGAUUGCAUCAUGGGGAUCGUACACGUUCUUGUUCUACGCUUGCCUCGAUAUCAUCAUGUCGAUAUGCGUAUAUUUGUUCUUCAAGGAAACCAAAGGCCGCACCCUGGAGGAAAUGGAACACGUGUUUCGAUCUCAGGCAACUUCCGAUAAUGAGGCGAUGCGGAGGAAGGUGGUGGAUGAUAUAAGCGAGGAUAGAGUCAGAAUCACAGAUGUUAUUCCAGGUUACAUGGGGAAGGAUGAUAAUGCGAAAUAG